UUUGCCCAGCGACGCGGGGAGGUUGGCUGCUGCCUCCCCACGCGCCUUGGCGGCCUCAUCAUUCUGGUUCUGCCACUAGUCGGCCGUGGGGAGGGAGCCCGUUGCUGCACCUGUUCCCUUUAGCCUCAGUUUCCCCCCUAACAGUUCACAGGGUUCUUCUGGAGCGGGGUGGGGGGCGGUGGGCAGACGCCCCAAGACCUGCUGGCUCUUUCCUUCCCUGGGCCUCUUGGGGAUUCAGUUUCCCCUUCUGUAAAGUGGAAUUAAACUUGCCCAACUCGGAUUAACACCCUUGGGAUCAGACAUGGAUUGUUGAAAGCCCAGGGUGGAGAAACUGAGUCUGGAGGUGGAAGUUCACCCAGGACAACCCGGCUGCCUGGGGGUCUGGGCCAGCAACAAGCAGACAUGGGCCAAGAAGCCAGAGACUGCCCAGAGGCCGGGGGUCCGUGAGCCACGGUGGAGGCCGCUGGACACAGGGUCACCAUGGGGAUAGCUGCCCUGGGCCUCCUCUGUGCAACACUCCUGCUCCCUGUCUUGGUGUUCGGGGUCCCCACCGAGGAGCCCUCCUCUGGGGAAGCUGUGGCCUCGGGUUCCCCCGGAUACUGUCAACGGUGCUGUGACUCUGAGGACCCCCUGGCCCCUGCCGAUGAAGCAGUGUCCUUGGCCUCUCCAUCCGCCCUCCCAUACCUGCUGCCUGAGGUCAGACCCUACAUUAACAUCACCAUCCUGAAGGGUGACAAAGGGGACCGAGGCCUGCUGGGCGCACCCGGGAAGCUGGGCCGGGAGGGUCCCCGGGGGGAGCGCGGCCCGCAGGGCACCAAGGGCGCCAAGGGGCAGGCAGGCAGCCCCGGCGGCCCGUGCCAGACGCGCUUCUCCGCCUUCUCGGUGGGCCGCAAGACGGCCCUCCACAGCAGCGAGGGCUUCCAGCCGCUGCUGUUCGACACCGUCUUCGUCAACCCCGACGGGCACUUUGACCUGGCUUCUGGCUGUUUCGUCGCCCCGCUGCGCGGCCUCUACUUCUUCAGCCUCAACGUACACAGCUGGAACUUCAAGGAGACGUACGUGCACGUGGUGCACAACGAGGAGGCGGCCGUCAUCCUGUACGCACAGCCGAGCGACCGCAGCAUCAUGCAGAGCCAGAGCGUGAUGCUGGCCCUGGUGCCCGGGGACCGCGUCUGGGUGCGCCUCUUCAAGCGCGAGCGGGAGAACGCCGUCUACAGCGACGACGUGGACACCUACAUCACCUUCAGCGGCCACCUCAUCAAGCCCGAGGACGAUUAG